UGAAAUAUAAAAAAGAAAAAUAGAUUUAUUUCACAACCGUCACUCUCAUAAUGGGCCUUACAGUUGCUGGGACACUUCUCCUUGUUACGUGCGUUACCUUCCUGCUAUAUCUGCUCUCAUGGUGGCGCAAAAUAAAAGGAGAUAAUUUGCCUCCGGGACCUACCCCAUUGCCCCUGCUGGGGAACCUCCUGCAUGUCAGUACUGGGGAAUUUCCCAAGUCUGUGCUGAAGCUGAGUGAGACCUAUGGACCCGUCUUUUGCUUAAGCUUGGGUAACAAACGUACUGUGAUGUUGGUCGGUUAUGAUACCGUGAAGGAAGCUCUUAUAGAUAACAGCGACUCAUUUAGUGACAGAGGGAUCCUUGAAGUGUCUGAGAUGCUCUUUAAACAAUAUGGGAUCGUCUUGAGUAAUGGAGAGAGAUGGAAAACCAUUCGCCGAUUUUCUAUCAUGACUUUGAGAAAUUUUGGUAUGGGGAAGAGAAGCGUUGAGGAGAGAAUACAAGAGGAAGCAGUGUGUCUGGUGGAUGAGAUCAAAAAACAUAAAGAUUCCCCAUUGGAUCCAACAUAUCUGUUGGGAUUGGCUGUCUCUAACAUCAUCUGUUCCAUAGCCUUUGGUGAGCGGUUUGAUUACGAUGACAAGAAGUUUAUGACACUGCUCUUCUACCUGAGAGAGUUUUUUCGACUUUUCAGCACUCCUAGUGGACAGCUUUUUAAUAUGUUUCCAAAUGUGCUCCGCUUUGUGCCUGGUCCACACCAGAAGAUAUUCAGUAAUUUUAACAACAUGAAACAAUGUUUAAUGGAGAUAGUGAAAUCUCAUGAAGAGAGCUUGGAUAAGAAUCUUCCUCGAGACCUUAUUGACUGCUUCCUAAUAAAAAUGGAAGAGGAAAAGGAUGACCCAAACACUGAGUUUCACUAUAAGAAUUUAUGCAAUACAGUGAUCGAUCUGUUUGUGGCUGGGACGGAGACAAUGAGCACGACUCUGACGUAUAGUUUCUUGGUUCUACUCAAAUACCCAGAUAUACAAGAAAAAAUCCACCAGGAGAUAGAUUGUGUUAUAGGCCAAGAUCGCUGUCCGUCUGUGGAGGAUCGGAUUAAGAUGCCGUAUACAGAAGCCGUAAUUCACGAGAUUCAGAGAUUCGCAGAUAUUGUUCCCACUGGACUUGUUCAUGCAACUAGUAAAGACGUGAAAUUUAAAGGAUACCACAUUCCCAAGGGUACUCUGGUGUUUGCAGUGCUGACAUCUGUCCUCAAGGAUCCUAAAUACUUCAAAAACCCUUAUCAAUUUGAUCCAGGACAUUUUCUUGACGAGAAUGGUUCUUUUAAGAAAAAUGAUGCUUUUAUGCCAUUUUCAACAGGGAAACGAAUUUGUGCUGGAGAGGGCUUGGCACGAAUGGAACUCUUUCUGUUCCUCACCACUGUACUUCAAGCGUUCAUCUUGAAGCCCACCAUAGAUAGGAAAGACAUUGAGAUCACUCCAGAGCCUAACAGUAAUGGAUUAAGACCUCGAAUCUACAAGAUGUAUGCCAUUCCUCGCAUAUAAGGCUUUAGAUAACCUCAACACAUCCUGAUAGAGAUGCUAAUGAAGACAUAUUUGCAAACUCUUAAAUUAUGUAGAUAUUAAAGAUAUUCACUACAGAUUAAAAGAUACAGCUUUGAAGAUUUUACAGAAAUAACCUACAGUUUUUUGGGGUCUUUUUGUCACAAAGAAGUUAUGUUUUUUUACCGUAAUAACUUUUAAACCUAGAGGACUAUUAUAAUGAUGUGGAGAA